UUUUAAUGGGUCACUGAGGCUUUUAUUUUGCAUGUAGAACUGCUGGGGCAGGGAUCUUAACCUGCGGCCACCCUAAAGAUUACACUGGGCUCCAGACACUUAGCUUGGAAGUGAGGUGACAGAAACAAUGAUUCAGACCAAUCACAUGAUUACAAGGCUGGGGUUUCCAGCAGGCUCAAGGUGGUCAGGUGUGGCUGUCUAAGGACGUCUAAGGAAGCAGUGUCAUGGGAGGGACAUGUGCUGGGCCAGCUUUGAGCCGCCUCGUUGACAUCAGGGACAGGGUCGAAGCAGCCGGUGGCUCCAGGGAUCUCCACACACAUUUUACUUGGCCAGGGGUUUCCUGAAGCACCUGCCGGCAGACUUGGCCUUGCAGCCCAGCUCUUCCUCGAUUCUAAGGAUCUGAUUGUACUUGGCCAGGCGCUCAGAUCGGCAUGGGGCACCGGUCUUGAUCUGCCCAGUGCAGAGAGAGUCCCACCACCAGGUCAGCGAUGCAAGUAUCCUCAGUCUCCCCAGAGCGAUGCGACACCAUGACGCCCCAACCAUUGGACUGGGCCAGCUUACACGCCUGCAGAGACUCGGUCACAGAGCCAAUCUGGUUCACUUUGAGCAGGAGGCAGUUGCAGGACUUCUCACUCACAGCCUUGGCAAUCCUCUUAGGGUUGGUUACUGUGAGAUCAUCCCCAACCACCUGGAUGCCUGCACUGGCUGUGAACUUCUUCCAGGUCUCCCAGUCAUCCUGGUCGAAGGGGUCUUCAAUGGACACCACUGGAUAGUCCCGGAUGAAGGACUUAUACAGGUCAGCCAGCUGGUCAGGUGUGAUGUACCUGCUGGCAUCAUCGAGAGAUUUGAAGUCCAGGUCGUACUUGCCAGACCGGAAGAACUCGGAGGCGGCCACAUCCAUGCCAAUGACAACCUGGUUGGUGUAGCCAGCCUUCCCAACUGCGUUCUUCAGCAGCUCCAGGGCUUCUUUGUUCUCCAGGAUGUUGGGUGCAUGGGGAAGGGUGUCUCAAAGGCUGUUGAGCACAUCAAUAAAACUAUCGCACCUGCUCUGGUUAGCAAGAAACUGAGUGUUGUGGAACAAGAGAAGAUCGACAAACUCAUGAUUGAGAUGGACGGCACUGAAAAUAAAUCCAAAUUUGGUGCCAACGCCAUCCUGGGAGUGUCCCUGGCUGUCUGCAAAGCAGGUGCCGCAGAAAAGGGAGUACCCCUUUACCGUCACAUCGCCGACUUGGCUGGCAACCCUGAGGUCAUCCUGCCGGUUCCAGCUUUCAAUGUGAUCAACGGCGGUUCUCAUGCUGGCAACAAGCUGGCCAUACAGGAGUUCAUGAUCCUCCCUGUGGGGGCGUCCAGUUUCCGGGAAGCCAUGCGCAAUGGGGCAGAGGUUUAUCACAACCUGAAGAAUGUCAUCAAGGAGAAAUACGGGAAGGAUGCCACCAAUGUGGGUGAUGAGGGUGGGUUCAAAAAUGGUAUUUUAACUGUAACUCCCUAUAAAAUCAAAAUCCAAUUACAUAUUUCCAACAACCUUCAAAUCAUUUAUCUCUGUGUCAGAUGGUAA